GAAUAUGUGUGUUGCUGGGCUAAUACAGUAGUUAUAAGAUGUAUCUUCCUUAUUUCAAAUUACAAUCUACAUUUCUGGUUGGAUUUGGGAUUGGUUUUAUCUUGGCAAUACUUACAUUCAUUGUUCAUGAUGCAUUUAAUGGUACAUCAUCCACUUUUGAAAAUUCAUUGUCAAACACUAAUGAUGCUCGGAGGAACAGUCUUCUCAAGUGGCUCACAUCUGAUACACGAAACAACGAAGAGAUUAUUAUGCAAGUUUGGAAGGAUCAAAUGUUGGGAAACAAGUCUACAUAUGGCCAAUGGUUAACAGAUAAGAAUGUGAGAACAAAUAAUAUUGAUAUGGACUUUUAUCUUUAUGGUUCCACAAGAGAGCAAGAAUUGGAAUCUGAUUGGCUAGGCUCUAAUGUUCAACUGACUUGUGUCGUUUUUGUGAAGAAAGUAAAGCUGGCAAAGUCUAUCUGGAACACAUGGGGAAAACGCUGUAACAAUAUAUAUUUCUUUGGCCAAGAGAAAGACCCUGAAGUGCCGAUCAUAAAUUUAGAACUUAAGCUCGUAUCUUCGUGGCAGCUUCUGUGCGAAGCGUUUAAUUAUGUUUGGAGAGACAACAAAACAAUGGACUGGCUUGUUUUUUCAAAAGAUGAUACAUUGGUUGUUCCCGAGAACCUGAGGUACAUGCUUGCUCCGUUGAAUCAUACACGGGAUUAUUAUUUAGGUCAUGCGGUUGUGUUAUGGGGGCAGCCUUACAAUGUUGCUGAUGCAGGAUACGUGAUAAGCAUGGCUGUUCUUGGAAAACUGGCUAAUAUGUUUGGUAAUUCCGAAAAGUGUAUAACCGGUGGCAAAUAUUGGAAACAAGAGGAUUACUAUCUUGCUAAACAUUUGGCAUCAAUGGGAAUUUUUCCUUCUGACACCAGAGACCAGUACUUACGGGGUACAUUCCACGGAUAUUCUUUGCAAUCUUUGUUAUGGGGCGUUGUUAAGACUGGCAGCUAUUGGACUCGUGCUCUAUAUCCGAUACAGAAUGAAUGUUGUUCUCUUAUGUCUGUUACUUUCAAUGUUGGAGAACCUGACAAAAUGUACACCUUGGAUUAUUUAUUACAUCACUUAUAUAUCAUUAAGAAGGAAGCUGUUUUUGGAACUAGAAGAGCACCAACAGCUGUACCCGAUGAAGAUGUAUGGAAGAUUGCACUGAAGGAAGAAUUUAACAUCACACAUUUGAAAAAUAUUUCCAAAGACGCUUAUUACGAGAUUUGGCAUUCUAAAUACUCUGAACCUGGGCAGCUAAUGACAAAGAAUGAUCAACGUAAAGGUUUAGAUAAACCGAAUUGA